AUGCCAAAAAGCUUGGGCAAAUUAAGAGAAAUCCAAGAGGACUACAUAGCCUUGGAGGAACUCCAGGAUGGAACUUAUGAUAAGGUGGAAAGAGGAACUAGUAGAGGAGAAUACGUGGUAGAACCACAGAACCCACCAGUGCCAGCCCAAGGAGCAGGGCGAUCCAACAAUGGGUCAACCCAGUUCGACAAGCAUCGGACUGGAGGAUGGAAAGGAAGAGACCAUUCCAAACAUAAGAAGGGAAAGUUCAUUGACCCAGUUUAUACAAAAUUGAAUACCGCCAUAUCCGAGAUCCUCAAGAAGAUCGACGGACAACAUAAAAUCACUUAUCCAUGGAAUAGAAGUCAGCAACCAGAACAAACUAAAAAUAAGACUGACUUCUGUGAAUUCCACCAAUUUCACAUCCACACGACAGACUCGUGUAGGGACUUAAAAAAGGCAUUGCAAGAUAUGAUUAAUGAGGGAAAAAUCCAAGAAUACAUUGCACAACCAACAGCCCCACCCACCACUGGGGCACCCGUACAUCGUGUGGAGAUCCCUCACGAGGCACAGUAUUUAGGCUGCAAUGACAUGUCACACUCGGCGAUAACCACCCCCGUACGAGAGGGAAAUAUUACCGGAAGAAUUCACAAACAAAACUUCAAAGGUGAUGAAGUUUUCAGUGUAACCAGAGAACCCCCAAUUGAAGAUUGGAUGAGGGUACCCAUCAUCUUUUCAGCCUCGGAGGAACCAGAAGGAGGACAAAACCAUAACGACCCACUAGUGGUCACGAUGGCCGUCACACUACCCGAACACGAGGGCGAGGAAGCAAAGACUAAAACACUACCCUGGGCAAUGCCCAAAAUUUUGGCCGAUGGUGGUAGUUCUGUCGAAAUAUUAUUCUAUGAAACAUUCAAACAAAUGGGCCUCAAAGACGAGUGCCUCAUACCCUCGACUUACAAUAUAUUUGGCUUCAACGGGUUAUCAACCCGUCCAACAGGAGAAAUAACAUUAGAAAUCCGGUAUGGAAGAAUCCUCAUCUUAACCACUUUUUGUGUGGUAGAUGUCUUGUCACCCUACACAGCCAUUGUCGGACGAUCCUGGGUCCACGGAAUCAAAGGAGUGGCCUCAACUUACCAUCAAAGGCUAAGAUUUCCUACGCCUUAUGGAGUGACAGAAAUUAUUGGAGACUCGGGUGAAGCAAAUAUUGCUACAAGAUGGACGUCCAAAACGGCGAGAACAAAGUAA